GUUUAAAAAUGUGCCUAUCGUGUGGCAUAUUUUUUAGGAGUGUUGCCUGUUCACGUUGGCUAUAAAUAACGUUACUGUAUUAAUAAUUUUAGCGUUUCCGUGUAAUAAGUGAUUAAUAUAUAUCAUUCUUUGUUUAUUCCUCCAUUAAUCAUUUCGAGGACACGCCGAAGUUUCGUAGGUAUUCCGACCGGCGCCAAGCUAAACAAGUGAGCAUUGAUAGCAUACCAUGCUUCACGGCUUGGGUUACUGUUAGCCGGUUGCUAGUUGUUCAGAAUAUAAAUAUGAGGUACUAAUAUAAAUACGAUGAUUGAAAUGAGAGAGGUUGGAUAAGGUUUUGUUUUCGAUCUGUCAGCAGCUUUGCUCGUUCGUUUCUAUAAUCGUUCUUUUUUUUUUACGUGGAUGGAAAAAAUUAUCGAUGCCUGCCACGGAAUUUUCUUUCCUGAAACCGCCUUUUUGUUGUUAGUAAUAAUGAUGACGAUAAUUAUUUACUAACGUAACUGAAGUAGAAGCGGGUGUCUGGGCAUUAUAAGAAGCGUUUCGGAUAACCAUAUUGCGAAAGGUGAAGUGAAAGUAAAUCAGAUUUACAAAUGUUUUUAUCACGUAGUGAGGCAUUUUCUUCCUUAAAAAAAAAAUACAUUUUUCCAUUUCCAUAUUUGACUGGUGUUCUUCCUUUUAUUGACUUUCGUUCCAACAACUUUGUUAGGUCUAAAUUUGUUUUCAUUCGUAUUUUUUCGGAAUGAAUUGAUAGGCAACAUUAGGAUUUGCCGUAGAUAAGCGAACUGCUAUAGAGCAUUUAUAAAUGUCCUGUUUCUCAAAUAUUUAAUAAUAAAAUUGGCAUUAUACAGAAGAUAUGUGCUUACUGAUUUGUAGCCAUAUAGUUGACAGUUCCAUUAUGGGGUGCUAGAGGAAAGUAGCCUAGAUGAAUCCUGGAAAGAUGCUAGAUAACAAACAAAACUGUUUUGCAUUUUUUUCAUAACACAGAAAUAAUACAACUGCUGCUCCUUUCCCCGAUGUCCAUCAGUGCUCAGUAUUGCUGAAAAUGGAGGCAACAUUUUUAAACUUUUGUGAUGAAAAUUUUACAACUUUGUCCCAUUUUUGCCAAAAGGAUGAACCAGAUGAUCCAGACAGUGGUCUGCUUGAUUUAAUUCAUGAUGACUUCUCAUACCAGGCAUCAAACUUUGGGGUGGCAAUGGAUCUCUGGGAAACUGAACAAGAUUCAAACAGUGAUUCAUCAGUUCUACCAGUCACCAUUCCACAAGAGGGAAGCUUGUCCCGUAUUGAUCAUAGUAACAAGGAAGAUUUCCAAAAAAUGUUGUUGGAUUGGCAGGAACAUUUGGGAUCAUUGCAGGUGUCAGAUACAGAAGAAAUAGAUGCUGUGCCAGAGCAGCUACCAGACAACAUAUUUGAAGAUCACAUAUAUGACAGCAUGUUUACAGAGAAACCAAUAUUUACUUCUGUAACUUCGAAGUCAACACCAAGUAUAUCUAUUAAGGAUGAUGAUAUCAAUAUCUAUAACUUGGAUGAGUUGUUGGAUUGUGCAGAUGAUAAUGAUGACAAAUUACCUAUAAAAAUUCAUGAACAUGUACUUAGAAAAAUGGGACAGUUUAAAGUGGAUCCAGUUGCUAAGCCUGAGAUAAAGGCGGCGGUGAAGUCAGAAUCUGAGAUACGUGAAGCUGGAGGAGAACAAUCAAUAGAUAAAAAUAAUCAAAGAAAAUCUGUCAAAUUGGAAUCUAGAAUUUCAGUGAAGAACGAAUCAUAUGCUGAUUGCAAGUUUAUGAAAAUUAACAACGUUAAUGAACAGUUAGCGACAGCAGAAUUUGCUAAAGGUGCAAGUACUCUUUCAGAGCAAAAUGAUAGUUUUGAACUGUUGGACUGUGAUCCUUUAAAGAUGGAAGAAGAACUGUUAAAAACAUUCCCAAAAAUAAAAGUUGAACCAUCAGAGCUGGAUCUCAAACUAGAAGUUGAUGAAGAUUGUGUAGACAUUGAGACAGUAUCUGAACAGAUUCCAGUUCUUGAAGCAGGUGAUCUUAAGAGUCUGCUAGAACAAUUUGAGGCAUCAGAAGCAGUAAGCCCUAACAUAGCUACAGGAACUGCAACAUCACUACAGCAGCAGAUGGCAGCUGACAGUGCACUGGGCAGAGAGAAAGCAGAUACACCUGCCACUGCUGCUACAAGUGCUCCCUCCACUAGCAUAGUUUCUGCACCUAUCAAGCCUCCAAUUACUUUACCUUCCUCAGGUCAGCAGACAUUGCCGAAUGUUACCACAUCAGUUACUACCUCAGUUGUGAGCACACUAACAACACACACCCCUGCACCACAUGCUACAUCUGCCAUUCCUUCUUGUCUCAAAAUUUCUAAUUCUGCAACUCGACCACUUCUUAAAUCCCUACAUUUGUCUCAAUCGGUAUCUGCAGUAUCUGUCGCAGCCAAUCAGUGUCCCAAAGAAUCCAAGUUGUUUGACAAUUCGUCACCUUCAACAUCUGUAGCAAGCAGUGGGAGCAGCAGUCCAGUGUCACAACCAACUACACCACCCCAGUCAAACCAUAAAAUCCAGGAGUCAUUAUCUGCUGCACUUAUAGAGAAACUAAAGGCCAGUGGCCGCAAGAAAACAAUACCAGUUAUACCAGCGAUGCCAACAAAACGUUCAGGGAGAGGUGCCACCCGAAUGCAAGAUGCUGGAGCAGCUCUCAGUAGAAACAAGCUUCUGAAAAUUGUAGCAGGCGGUGAGUCCAUCCAACUGGACCAUGACUACUGCUCAAUGUCCAGUGGAACUGUUGAAGCCCCACGCCCUUUCUAUCACUCUGAUGCUUCAGAGUACUCAGUAGCACCAAAUGCCUCAUUACUGCUUCCGCAAGAGCAGCAGUUGAAACAUUCAUCAUCGACAGAUUGCUGGGAGAAUAGUUCACGGAAAGAUAGUGGCCUUGAGUCUGGAGAUGUUAGCGAUGCUAGUGAGGAAGCUGGAGGUUCAUCAGUUGUAACAUCUGUUGAUUGUGGCUCUGGUACAGUCAUCACAACACUUAAAAGUUCUGUGACUUCAGCACAGAUACAGCCUGGAACAUCACUUUUGAGGAAAAGCUUGAACACUGGACCCCAUGUGGCUAAUAAUACAAACUCUCAGAAGCAAAAAUUGAAGCAAUUUCAGCAACAGCAACGACAGCAGCAGCAGAAUCAGCAAAUAUCACAGCAACCGCAACAACAGAAUUUUCAAAAGCAGCAGCAGCAACAGCAGCAGCACCAUCACCACCACCACCUGAAAGAGCAACAGUCUCCAUCUGCUCAGACUCAGCAGGCUCCAAAGAAACGGAAGUUAAACUUGGAGGAAUAUCGUAAUCGGUUGAAAGAUCGUGAUCGUGCAAAGGACACACCAAUGGGAAAUUCAAAAAUUAUUUCUGUUGCUGAUAUCCCUAUGCCUCCCUCCAAUACUGCAGCAGAAGUAAAUAAGAAAUCCACAGACAACGUUGAGUCCCGUGUGCGCCCAGAAAUGUGCAAUGCUGAAGUCCAGGCUGAUGUUUCGAAAGAAAUGGGUGCGACUUCAGACACCGAAAAAAGGUUAGGAAGGUUACGAGAUCACAGGCAUCGGCAGUAUAGAUCAAAAAGACAUUCUAGCUCUAGUUCCAGUUCCAGUGAGAGCUCACAAAGCUCAUCAAGUUCAUCUCGUAGUUCUUCAUAUUCCCCGUCAAGAAAACAAAGACGACAGAGAAAUCGCAGCCGCCAUCGCAGGAGAUCACGAUCUAGAAGGCGGACAAGUAGCAAACGUAGGCACUCGAGCGCAUCCCGUUCUUGCUCUCGGUCAUCCUCCUCAAGGUCCAGUCGUGGAGGCUCAUCUUCAAGUUACUCAUCUCGAAGUCGCUCGAGAUCUUGGAGUAGCGGAGCUCGUUUUCGAUCAAGGUCAUGGUCCCGAUCCCGAUCCAGGUCCAGAUCGAGGUUGCGCUGGAAUUCUCGCCCCUCCCAUCACAGCGGCAGACCACGGCGUGAUGGAUAUGCAGAUCGUUGGCAGAGGUCACGUUCUCCAUUCCGUGGACCACGCUGCAGAAACAUCUCCCAGAUAAGUGACCGUGAAAAACAGCGUCAAGUUGAGGAACGCCGAGUCAUUUAUGUUGGGCGCAUUGAUGAAGGAACAUCGAAGGCUCAGUUGCGGAAACGUUUUGAAGUAUUUGGUCCAAUUAUUGACAUAAGCGUUCACUUCCGAGAACAUGGGGACAAUUAUGGGUUUGUAACAUAUAUGUAUAAAAAGGAUGCCUAUGAAGCUGUUGAACAUGGCAAUGAUGAUCCACAUCUUCCGCAAUAUGACCUGUGUUUUGGAGGGCGGAGAGCAUUUUGUAAGACAAGAUAUGCAGAUUUGGAUGGUCUGGCAACAAGCAAUGACAGUGUAGGACAGUUUCCAGCAAGAGGACCGAGCGUGAAGAGUAGGCAAGAGGACUCCUUUGAUCUGCUUCUGCGAGAAGCACAAGCUACAAUUAGAAAACGUAGUAAAGUUUGACAUAGGUGUAGUCACCUAGGAGUGAUUUCCUUAAAAGUAUUUCUUUUUUGUUAGGGGGAGAAAUUAUAACUUAUUUCUAAAGCUGUAUGUUACUGGUGUAGUGUUUUGCGAGAUGUGUUCCACUAGUGUCGUGUCUUUUAUAAUGUCAUAUAAAUAUGGGUAAAUGGAGCAUGACAAUUUAAUGUCAGCUGCAUGGUUCUCACAGCUGUUUGUAUAUGUAUAAAUAUAUAAUGGAAUAUGUGGAAAGCUCAGUCACAGUUAUUUGUCUGGGUAAAUUUGUUAAUUUCGUUAUUUACGUGUUAGUAUAAACACUCAUUGAUUUGAGUGCUGCUUUUGAAUACAUUGUAUUCAUAAUGAUCUCUGGUCUUGUUUACCCUGCUAAGAUAACAAAGGCACUGAAAUAAUGAAAGUUCUCUUGAGAAACUAAGAACCUCUUUUUCCUUGAAUAUUGAAAUUACACUUAAUUGGAAAUGCUCAUUUACGAACACACUAUAUUUUGGAUACAAACCAAAUUUACAUUGUUAAUUAGAUUCCUGCAUGGCUUUCGGUGUACAUUUUGAGGAAGCAGUAAAAUAUAGGUGCAUGAAUGUGUGAUGCUCACAUUGUGUUUCCUCAUUAGCAAUCACUGCAUUUUUUUAGUCAUUCAUUGUUUCACAACUUUUAAAAAGAUUUGACAAAUAAUAUUUUAAUGAUGCAUGUCAUUUUUAGUGUGACCAGGGACAAUAUAAUGUGCAAAUACUUGUGGUGAAAUUUAAUAUGUACUUCAUAUUUUUAUACGUGUGUGUGCGUGUGGUGUAUAACAGUCACAAUGUGUAUGUCAGUAUUGGGUAGAGAAUCACCAGAAUAAGUACAACACUAAAAGUUGAGCCAUUUUUAACAAAUUAUUGUUCAUCAUUAUGCUGCAUUAAUGCAAGUACUGUUUGCAUCAUUCUUCAGCGGAAUUCUGCAGCAGUGGUCAUAAUUUACUGUAAUUUAAAAGUUCAUAUUUGUUUGUCAUAGGCAAGCCAAUUACUGUUCUUGCCAUUGCAAAUAUUAGUUGUAACCCUUCUACAUUUUUUUCAGAAGUUUUUGUUUAUUUAACAUUGUUCCUCAGUUGUAUAAUUUGUAAAAUUGCUGGCUAAAGAGUACUUCCGACAUGAAAUUUCAGCCAAGUAAAGACAGACAUAAACUUCUCACAAGGAGAGAUUUCCAGUGGUGGAACCAACUUUUUGAAGCAGUCUAUACGGUGAUGUAGAUCAGCAUCCAGGGAAUCUCACAUUGCAGUCCUUCUUCCUGGUGGUCCCUCGUUUGCAAGUAAUCAGCAAAAAAAUAUUAUGGAAUUUCGUGUGGUGCUCUAUUAUAGCUUUACAAAUAGUAUCAGUUAACAGACUGCUUACUUAAUGUCAUGGUUUAGGUACUAGCGUGACACUAAAAAGUUUGUCAGUUCGAAUAUCGGCAGGUACAUUGAAAUAUUCUUAUUUUAAAAUCUUUAUCAAAAUGACUAUUCAUCAUUUUUAUUUAGUUAAAUUGUUUAAAUGUAACUUUUUUUCUAUUCCUUUGUCACUUCUUUUUUUUUUUCCUGUUAGUCCUUUCCCCUUGGAAUUCUUGUUUGUAUUAUUUUGAUUAUUCUUAUGUAUUACCUUAGAUUUAAUUUCUUUCAUUUUCUAAUCUACAUUUUCGUCUGUUAUUGUAUUCAUUAUUUGUUUCUCAGUUUGCUUGAAUUUCAUUGUACUUAUAAUCAGUGCUUUCAUUUAAAAUAUCUUCCUUGUUAUUUUGUCCAUAGUGUGACAAGUAUUUGUUUUAAAUGUUUGUUUGAUGAUUGCCAUGCUAAAAGAUCUACAUCUUGUAAUGAAAAAUACAUAAUUGACACCAUUGUACAACCAUUGAAAUAGAUUAUUUUUUCUUUUGACAUUUCUAAAAAUUAUUGUAGAUUAAUAAAAGUAAUUGAAUUGACGUGCACAAUGAUUUCAAGUUAAAAAAAGAAUUUGGAAGAGAAAAUAAAAGCAAUUUUAGAAGGUAAAAAAGGUGUGACUAAGGAAUACAAAUAAAAGAAAAUAUGCAUGCAAACCAAUUAAUUGAAUAAAAGUAGUGAAUAAAGUUAUUUCAAUAAAUAUUUAAAAAUAAAGAAAUUUCUAUGUAACUAAUGAGCUUCGAACUGACAAUCUUGUACAUGUCACAUUAGUACCUUCAUUAUUAUGUUAGGCAACCAAUCAGUAAAUUGUUAAUAUUUUUCAAGUGAAAUUUCGAAAUUUUGUUUUGUCAGCUACUCAUAAAGGAGGCACUACCAGGGGGAAUGGUUGCAGGAUCUCAUUCCUUGGACCUACAUCACAGUAUAGAUUGUUUCUAAAAGUUGAUCACCCCAUUGGUAUAAAAGGUGACACCAAUACCGAGGGGAAACACACAAGCCAAAUUAAUUUCACACUCCUGUGAGUAAGAAUUCUUCAAUUCUUCUGUCCACAUCCUCACCUGUUCUGUUCUUCCUCCUUUCCAUUACACCCUUUCUUUCAUUUCUGUGAAUGAGUGCCAGGUUCCAAAAAUCUGUCAUUGAUCUCUUUGUGUGUUUCAUGUAAGCAGUAAUCCCUUCUCCACUACAACUCCCUUUCACACCAGUAAAGUAGACAGUUUAUCUUCCAUUAUUUGUUGGUGUAAAAUUUAUCUUAUUUUACCAGCGUUAAUAACUUUCAUAAGCUAAUCUCAGUCCUUUUACUCUUUUGCUGGCAUGUGUUUAUAAUACCUGUGGCAAGGUUGUGUAUUAAUGUAAAUUGGAUGACAGUCCUUUGAAAUCCUCUAGUUAACACUUUUGUAAGGUUUAUCACAAAUUUAAACCUUUUGUUGACAUUGACAGAAAUAACAAAUAAGUGUUGCCUGCCACUCAAUUACGUGGUGGGCUAUGGAAAUUAAUUUCGGUGUUUGGCAUGUGAUAGUUAACUAUUAAUUGAUAACAUUUUGGAAUUGGAAACAAAUUUGUAUCUGAAAUGGCAGUGUCUAGGUAAUUCAUAUUGUUCCAUUAACAGUUUCCUUUAUUAAAAAGGUAUAAGACAUGUCAUUAAAGCUUACAUAGUCAUUCUUAGGAUGUAAUAUUUUUGUGAUAGUUGAUGUCUUUCAUAUAGUGUUGAUAGAACAAUCUUAAAAGUAAAGUUCAGUGCUUCACCUACCUUUUUCAUGUUUGUUGAAAUAGUAUUACUCUUUAGUUUAUGUCGAUUCUAGAAUUUUUGUACUACUUUCAUUGUUUUAAAAUAUUUUUAAAUACUCGCUUUGUCAUAUGUUCCUUUCUGGAGUGUAAUGGUCUGUUUUGUGUGUAUGAAUGAAGUAUUAUUAGAACAAGCUGUAAAUGAAUGUAGAAUAGUUACAAUACUUUGAAUGUGCACCUUAUGCCUCUUAAUAGUUAAGCUUUUUAUGUGUCUCCAUCAUUCAAACAGAGAUUAAGAGUAUUGAAAAGGUAUUUUGGUUGGGUAGUGACAUCAGCAUAAAACAGUAUCAUUUCAAGAAAUUUAUUAAAACCUUUUUUGUGUUCAUGUUCAUCUUGUCAUGUUAUAUUGACCAAUAUUUUCACCAUUGUUACAAAUGGUUAAAAAUUUUGGUGAAUAUAAUGUGAUGACAUGGUCACAUACUGAGAAUAGUUCGUAGUAUGAUGAUGACUAUGGCAGCCUACACUUGCAAAUUGCUCUCCCCCAGUCCUGGAAGUAACUUGUUUCUGUUUGGUGUGCUUUUCACGUAGCAAAUUUUGUUUGCCAGAAGCUAUAGAUGGUAGAUGGUGUUGCAUGUUAGAGCUACACAUUACAGCUACUACUUUGUACAUUGGCUCUUUGUUCAUUUUAAGUGUCAAUAUUUUGUAUACUGUGGUCUCUCAUCAGUCAUGUCUAAUCAUUAGGUGACAGGUUUAUUUUUGUUUACUCGUAGUAAUCACUAAACACGUACAAUUUUGCUGUCUUAAAAUUUUAAAGAGUCACUUUAAAUCAACUUACCAUUUUUACAAGUGUAUAUUUAAAUAUGAAACAGUAUAAUUUAUAAAUAGUUUUCCAUUAUGAAGGUCUGUUACUGCCAGAUAGAUAAAAUACAUAGUUGAAUUAUUCUUAUUUAUUGUUAAAAGAUAGAUUACAAAACUAAAUAGACACAUUUCACUUAAAUUAUACCUCUACCUAUUCAUUAACUUUUUUUCAGUGAUUGCCCACAUAACAUUAAUAUUUCAAACCUGUUUUGCAAUAUCAGAAUCUUAAGUUUAUUUCCAUGUCCAAGUAACUGCAACAAUCUUUUCAACCUGGUUAAGGUAACAAAAUAUUAAGUAAUAUAUUUUUGACCUCUUCAAGCCAUUGUUAUUAAAUAUUUAGAUAUUAUUCUCUAAUGUUUUAUCUACCAAACCUUGUAGCAGCCAUAAUAGUGUUCGGGACAAUGAGCAAAUUCCAAAUGUUCUUCAGAUAAAUUGUAACAACAGAAGUUGCAAUGCGGUCACAAGAAAAUUGGCCCUUGUAUAAGGAACUAUUUUACCUACACAUUGCAAUUGAUUUCUUUAUUCACAUUUCAAAUUAUUUAAACGUACUUUAUGUUAUUCUCUAUCACACAAGUCUCUGCACUUACCAAAGAUUUCUUGGAAGAUAAUUUCAUGACAUUUAUCACAUGGUGUUUCUGCACCCACCAUAGGGUAUUCGUACUAGUUGUGUGUGUGUGUGUGUGUGUGUGUGUGUGUGUGUGUGUUUAAACAAACUGCUUUAAUAGGUUUGUAUCUGUUCCGAAUAAAAUGCUGCCACCGUUAUAGGAGAAUUAUGUCCUGUUAACUUUUGAGAAUAUAGUCAGUUCUGAAAUGUCACUGCUGAUACUUUUUGGGUGCACAGUAAAAUAUCUGGACAUCUAGGGUGACUGAAAACGCCGUCUGUCUGUUGAACAACAUGUAUGACAGCAUUUCAGUUACCGUAAUGAUUGAUAAAUUAUUCUGCUUUCAUUUAUAUGGUGUCUGUUUUAUUGUAAAUUUGAAAUAGCAUGUAUUGUUGAGCAUUUCUAAAUAACAUGUGGGAAGUUAUACAUUAUUUCUUCAGAAAAAGUAGAGGCACUGUUGGGUUUUUCAGUGGAUUGUGGUACACGUAUUUGGAGCCCCAAGCUCAUUCAAGAAUCAGAAUAAACUAGCCUGCAAAGAUGAUCUUCAUUUUGGUAUUGGACAUACCUUCUAUAAGUAUAUAGUAGACCUAUUUUCAUUUAUAGUGAUUUUAGAAUUGCAACAGCUUUGUUAGUGAAGUGUGUGUCUGUGCUGAUGGAUUGAUGGCUCACUCGAAUGUUAAGGUAUGCCCCCCACCCCCGGCCAUCUGUUUCUGCCAGUUUUGCAUGAUUGUACCAUAUAAACUGUAGAACAAGCAGUGCUAGCAAUCCUAACACCUUACAUGUGUUCCAGAUCAGGCAGUGCUAUUUUCUUUUAAGUCUGCCAAGAUGCAGCAUAUGGCAAAAAAGUAUUUAAUGUCACUAUUUACUGUGAUACGAUCUGCAGUUGAAUCAUUUCCAUAUCCUUUCAUAAUUAUCAAUUCGUGAUUCUCAAAAGUGAUAUGGCUGUUACUUUUGUGUGGUAAGAAAUACUUUGCCUACAGUCUGUGGGCAUUGACUCAGUGUUGUAUCGCUUUUGCCAUGUACUAUUUGAUAUUUGUGUCUUUUGGAGUAUGUUAGAUGUGCCUUGGUUAAUUGUGAAUUUUGGGUGACUGCAUGUAGAUUUAAUACUGUGACAGUUCUUGGUAUGAGUCUGUCUUCUGAAUUGUAACAUUAACUGAAAAAUGUUAGAUAUAAAAGAUUACAACCAUUACUAAAUUGCAAAUUGUGCCAUAGAAUAUUAAGGAAGUAAUGCAACUUUCGAAUAGUACAAUACGUGAACUACCUGUAACUUUUAAAAGGUUGUACUGAAAAUGACUAACCUCUUUAAUCUUGAUACUUCUAAAUAUGUAAUCCAUUAUGUUUAAAACAAAAGCUUAUGUGAUCAGCAAACUGUCAUAAGUAGGUGGAAUGGAACAAAAUGAAUUGUCCACUACUGCCAGAAACUGUGUUUACUGUCUUCUGCCUUAAUUUCAGAUACAGUCAAAGGAACACAAGGCUGCAAAUGGAAUGUAUAAAGGUAGUGUGUAUGCAUUGAAUAUUGUACAAAAUUUGUUUUACGGACAAAGUAUAUUGUCCUUGAAAAUUUCUUUCAACGCAGAUUCAGUGGUGACAAAACAUAAUCAUAAUGGCAGUGCUGUUUUUCAGUUUUUCGUGCCUUAUGUUGCUAUAUGAAAAAUCAGAAUAUUUGUGCAUUGAUGUGAAUAACAGUGCUGUACUAAGCACACUUCAUGAAACAGUGGCAGACAUAAUGUUUAAUUUAUUAGGACACAUUUGAGGUGCCUGGUAUAUUUGCCUUAAAGAGUACAAUUUGUUGGUCUCCCCCGUAUUCUCAGAAGCAUGUACCUAAUUUAAUGUUUUCAUAAUUUGUAUAUAUGGACUUGAGAGUGGUGCUAAUUUAUGAGAACUGUACAUAUAUAUUUUUAUACGUGUGUGUGUGUGUGUGUGUGUGUGUGUGUGUGUGUGUGUGUGUGUGUGUGUGUGUGUGUGUCAGUCAGUCAGUCAGUCAUGUAUCCUUUUGUAUGACAUCUUCAUCAGCAUGUUCUGUUAGCUCUAUAACUACUGGAUAUUUUCAUGUUUCACUGAAUAAUUGCAAUAACCAGUAGCCAUACCAUAAUAUUAAAAGCCAUUUGAAAAUGCGGAAAUGCUCAUGUAAAUUCUCAUUUGGGAGACAUAUUAUUAAAGAAUACUGCUGUACAUAUGUUGUCGUUUCACAUUCAUAAGAUUUCCAGGUCAUGGAAUAGUGGUGGUAAAACAUGCUAUAUAGAUAUUGACAUGUAAAUUGGUAACAGAUAUCUUACAUGCAGUGAAAUUUAUAUAAAACCGGAUGUACCAUGGACAUAAUACACCGCAUGAUGUUACUUUCGUUAAGAAAAAUUAUAUUCGUGUGAUGUGAUUGUAUGAGGAAAAUAAGUGCAGUCAUAGAUCAUAAAGUGUUGAUCACGUCACAGAUACACAGAAUGAAGCCAUGAUCAAACAGCAUUAUGAACAGUGUGUGUUGAUAAUUGAAACUAGAUAUAUUGAUUUAAACCUUUUUUGCAUUUAACAUUUUUGUUUACAGUAAUUUGUGAAAUAUUCAUCGUGGAAUUUUCUUGAAGCCUCCAUUGUGAGAGAUGAUGUCAGUAGUAAUGUUAAGCUGUGUGGCAUUAGGUGUACAUUUGCUACAUCCUGAGAUUUUUAAAAAUGAUCAGAAAUUUCAGUUGUUUGAAGAGUGUCUUCUGCUGUUGAUGAAUUUUUGCAGAAGUGUUCAGAUACUCUUUCUGCUUUAGUCGCUGGGAAACAAAGAAAUCGGUAACAUGUUACUUUUGGAAACCAUAGUAGGUUCUCCACUUACUAUAGAAAUGAAAUGUGGAAUUUGUAAAUUUUGCUGCUGUCGAAGAAUUUUUUUUCCCUCCAUGGGCAGUGAAUUGUGUAAAUUAUUGUACAUUAAAUAAAACUCUGUAGUAAAACUUU